UGUCUUCCUUUUUUAUUUCGCUAUUAGAAGCCCGACUGAGAACAUAUGUAUAUCACAACAGCUUUGUGCUGCCUGUCCGACAUAUUCUAAGAGAAACUAUAUUUUCAAAUGUCGACAACUUAUAUUAUUGCUUUUGCUUUAUAGUGGUAAAUGAUGCCACUUUGAACUUGAGCUCAGCGUCAUCGGACGAUCGAUUACUAUAAAUCGCCACAGCACUGGGAAUUUAUAGCUUGGGUAAAAGUUUUAGCUCACAAAGUGGACAUUCACCAUGCCCACAUCAAGCAGAGCGGUAACCGUUGCUCCGUCUAAGCGGAUGCCCAGUUCGAGACCUCUACCAAAAAGAACAACAUCUAACGCAAGAGCUACCAGAGGUAAUUCAGCUAAGGGAGCUUCCACAAGGAUACCUAUACCAGUGAGUGAUAACAAGCAAGAUGAUGACAAAAAAAAAGAGCAGGCUACUCAGAAAAUGUCAAAAGUUAGACGCGUACCUGACUUCAAUAAACUUCAUAAAAACUGGAAUACUAAGUUACAAAUUGGCAAAGCUUGCACCAAGAAGCCGAUGACGCAGGUACACGAGUUUGAUUUGACAAAACCAGGAACCAAGUUUCACCCAGCUGUAUGUAGAGAUUUGCUAACUGAUGAGGGUACUGAGGCUGAAAAAGACGAGGACUUCUUUGAACUGGACCAAGAUGCUUUAAAUUCCAUCGUGGACAGCAGAGCAUUGCAAGAGAGGGAAGACAGUAAAAGACCUACUAUUGCUACUGACAGGGUUAGAGAAAGGCACAAAGAGUCUGGAUUUCCAUUUCAAAUAAAACCAAUAUCAGAAGAAAGUCCCACUCGACAGGUACUUGGAAGUCUUUCAGCUGGUACUGUCAAUAAUAAUAAUAGGAAUAUUGAAAAGAAACCUUCUCCAGUUACCAAAGAAAUUGUAAAACGCAAAGAAGACCCCAUCAAAGCCAAUAGAGAAGCGAAGUCACUUGCAGAUCAACAGAAAGAUAGCGGGAUUGACUUUGAAAGUGAUAAUUCUGCUUUAGCAAGUAUUCUCAAUAAUCAAGGUGUGGAUUUUUUUAAGCAACGUCCGAAGGCGUUUACACGACAGACUAUGGGAAAUCUGCCCAGAUAUGAGAGGCUGUCAGUUUAUAACAGAAAAUCUCAAAAUACUGAUAACAUCUACAAAGAGUUUUGGGAGCACACAUAUAAAAGAUUGACCAUGACUGGAUCAAAUAUAUCAACCAAACCAGUGGCAACAGGUGAGGAUAAUAUUUUGUAUCACAUUGCUUUGAGAGUGCUGAACCCGAAAGUGUCUUUAUUACAAGAACAGAGCAUAUCUACAGCAUCGCCAAAUUUACCUGUCAGAAAAACAAAAUACAACAUAACAAAAAAACCACAAGCUUUUGUGUCACCAAACACCAAGGGACCUGUAAAGUGGGCUGAUCUACUGACCAGUCCUGAGAAUGACAAAGCUUUUAAAGAAAACAGCCUUCCUAUGAUGAAUGAUGAUACUAAGGAUUACUGUACUCCUUACAGUAUGAUUCAACAAGAGAAACAACAGCAUGAACUUGCAGCAAGAGAAGAGGACCUGAAACAUCUCAGGGAAGUUGAAGAGGCUGAGCGACUACUUGAAUUAGAAAUUAAACAACUGGAACAAAAUGAUUUGCUUAAUGUACCAUUGUUAAUGAAGAACGGCCAAGAGCCGUCACAGCCAAAUAUAGCGUCAUGUGCAUGGGGUACCCCAAAUCAGACGUCAUCGGCUGUUGCCAUGAUGACUCAAUCAACGCAUAUCCCUUCCAGUUUGAAUCAUAGUCCUGGUAGUCAUUGUUCAACUCGUCAAUAUGAACAACAGAACACAUUUUCAACUGUUGCGGCUACACCUACCAAUCAUGCAGUAGCUUUAAACAAGACUCCACAGAACAUGAACUUGAAUCAACAGCAACAUCAAUCAAUAGGUGGUGAGAAUGAAAAUCUGAUGUAUUCACAUGGAUCUGACAAACAAUUUCAAGACCACAAUUAUCGCAAUCAGCCAACCUCACUACAGUCAUCUUCAUAUCAUAAAACAAUUUCAGCAAUACCUCAGCAUGGUCUAGGUGGGUCACAGCCAGUGUACCAGAAUGUAAAUCUGAUGUAUACACAUGGAUCUCAACAACAAUUUCAAGAUCACAAUCAGCCAACCACACUGCUGACAUCUCAAUGUCAUGAAAAAAUUCCAUCAGUAUCUCAGUAUAGUCUCACUGGGUUGUUGCACACAAACAUUGAUCCACUGGCGAAUCCGUGUGAACCACAUCUAUCUGAUUCAGCAAUGAGACCUCUGUUUCAUCAUGCAUCAGCUCCAGACCACUUGUACCAGCAAUCGUUGUACCACAAUCAACAUCAAGCGAGUAAUUCAGUUUUCAGUUCUUGUACUGGUUCUAUUUUAAAUUCAAAUGGGUACUCAGAAAAGGCCAGGCUUUACGAAGCCCAUGUCAGUAAUGAUAAACUGUAUUCUUUACCAAGUCAUGCACAAACAAGUGAUUUAAGACUCUCGUCAUAUGGCAGUUCAGCAUUUAAGUCAUCAGCCGGGAUGCAGUUACCUACCACUGCACAUGUGAACACUGUCAGUUCAGUACUGUCGCCCGUUUCAUCACCCAAAGUGACGGCUUCAAAGAAAUCUGAUUUCAACCAAACAUCUACAGCUUUUAAACCAAUCAAUUUAUUUCCCUCUGACACUCUUUCAUCUGUCAAGUCUGAUUUGGAACAUGGCACUAGCAGACCAUUGAAUGCUUGGAAUCCAGCUACAAAUGCCAUAACCACUGGACAACAACACCCUGUGUCAACUGAUGAAUCUCAGACUUCAAAAACUCUCACCCAAAUUCCAUCAAAUAUUGCUGCAGUCUCCUCACAAAUGGCCACAACUUCAUCCAACUUUUACCAACAACCAUAUAUCGAUACCAAACAAGAAACAAAGGCCUUGAAAGAUAAAUCUUACCUAUUCAAUCAGACACAAGAAUCUAAAAACAGUGAAUCGUUUUCUCUUGUGCCUUCUUCUGUGUCUCAACAAAUUGCUGUAGCAACUACUACUUCAACACCUUGGACUGCCAUACACUCUACUGCAAAGUCUUUGCAACGUUCGAUCCACACACCAAAGCCAAUUGUAGCCGGGAAAACAACAUUGUCUCGCUAUCUUCCUCAGACACCAUCGUUUUCCAAGCAUGCAUAUGCAGACAUUGACUUGCCAAUUAGAACUCCAUUGGCCAUGCAAAGUUGCAGUCAACUAGUCACUAAAGAACCGAUUCCCCUUAGUCUCUCUGUUGACUCUCCUGCUGUAAGACCAAUUUCUCCAGAAGCAAGAACGACUAUAUUUCAUGACAACAGAUUGCCUGUUUCGGAAAAGAACAAUUUCCCACUUGAUCACUCAUCAGCAGACAAAGACCAUGCAGUUCAAAGCUACAAAGCUGAAACUUCUGCUUGGAGUUCAAACAGAUUUACAAGUGGUGGUCUAAAUAAAGCAUGUUCUCCAGAAAGCAAAUCAUCUGUCUGUUCUGCACCUGGUCUUUAUAAUCAGAAGAGGAUUCAAGGUUCACUUUCACUCGGUGCUAACAUGAGGUCCAAAUCUCCUGUUGGUUUGCAUUCACUGAAACACAGAACCAUAGGAAAUCAACACUUCCAUGAUGCGCUUCUAGAUAGUGAAGUUGCGCUAUCAACAUGCAGGUCACUCAGCAAGUUUAGUGCGAAACCACGUGUGGAAAGAAACUUCAUGAAUCCUGUUGCUAAGAUACUAGAUGGUGGAGAUGACAUGCAUUUCAUUCCAAUUAAAGAAGUUUUUACCAAUCAGGCACUUAUACCUGAUGGAUCUGCCUUUUCGACGUAUACUGGUGUAUCAUAAAGACUCUGUCAAGGAUUAUACAGCUUUCAUCAUGUUUUCAACAUUAGGCAAACUAAUGACCUGCUCACAUAAAUAAUUGUGUAAUGUAAAAUAUUUUCCAAAUAAUAGUUUUGUACACUUUUCAAACAUAAUUUUCAUACCCCCCCCCCCC